ACACGUAAAUCAAAGUAUCUCUGCAUCGGUCUAUCCUGCAUCCCGAUACAGGAACUGAAAGUCCCAGCAGCCAAUAGGGAGGCCCAGUUCUACUGCCGAGCAUCUGGUAAGAGUUCCUCCUAGCGAGUGACGAUGAAACUGGCAGGCAAAAGCCUAUUUCUCCCAGUGUUCCUGAGGAGUAAACAUGCCCCCGGAAAUAUGAAGGAUGAACUGCUUAGAAGCAUUUAAGUAGCAGCCUCUAAUAAUCAUCACAUAUGGUCAGUUCUGAAUAGGGAACCUCACAAUAGAUUCACAAUAGGUGACCCCAUUACUAACAUCACAAUAAAGUACCCUCAUUAUUGUCUUUGUGUCAGCACAAUAAACUGUCCUCACUGUCCAUGUGACAUCAAAUGAGGCAAUCUAAUCACUGUCUUUAUGACCUCACAAUGAGGUAUUCUCAUUACUGUCUUUGUGACCUCACAAUGAGGCAUUCUCAUUAUUGUCUUUGUGACAUCACAAAUAGGCAUUCUCUUUACUGUAUUUGUGACAUCACAAUGAGGUAUUAUCGUUACUGUCUUUGUGACAUCACAAUAAGGUAUGCCCUCUUACUAUUUGUGACAUCAAAAUAGGUUACACAUAUCUCUCUGUAAAAUCAUAAUCCACUUAGAAUACUGUCAUCGUCUUCACUAUGACAUCACAACAGGUUACUUGGAUUGGUGUCUUUGUAAGAUCACAGUAGAAUAUUCACAUCAUCUUCACUGUGACAUCACAAUAGGGAAAAUUCAUCACCUCAUUAUUGCGACAUCACAAAAUGGAUGGCUACCUUGAUUAGUAACAUUAUCACAGUACUAUGUAAGCCACCUACAGUAUUAAUCUAGCUAGAUCAGUCCUGUGUUGGGCAACAUUAGAAACACAUCUGGCUAUUUUUCUAAUAGUGUUCACAAGGACCCAGAGAAGGAAUUUAACUGGUUCAGUCAGCAGGGAGAACUGGGUGACCUAACAGAGUGAUGAUCAUCCUCAUUGGGGUGUGUGUUACAGUACAAUGGCAGUAAAUCCCCCUGCAGUAACCACAGUAGACCGCUGAGCACAUGCUUAUAAAGCAGCUUUCCCCAGACGACAGGGUAAUGUCCUUAUCAUGGCCAGAACUAUAUUUAGCUACCACUUUCUCCCUCUUAGCAAGGGAUAACAUGGCCCUGGUUCCCUUCCACCCCCACUGGUUAUCAUCCACACUAAUGCCCCCAACGGGACCAGAGAGAGAGAGAGAGAGAGAGAGAGAGAGAGAGAGAGAGAGAGAGAGAGAGAGAGAGAGAGAGAGAGAGAGAGAGAGAGAGAGAGAGAGAGAGAGAGAGAGAGAGAGAGAGAGAGAGAUCUCAAGCAACAGGUGUGAGAAAUGUAAUUUGUCCUCUCCUCUGAGAAUUUACAGAAAGACAGAAAGAAAAGGGGACACUGAGACAUAUAGCAGAAAGGAAAGAGAAGGACACAGAACAAGAGUGGAGAGAGAGGGGGAGGGAGAGGGGCAGUUGGUCACCAGGGAGAGUGACAUCUGGCGUCCUGGUUACAUUAGUAUGACGCAGGCCUGGAGCAAAUCCACUCAUUCCUCUCCUUUACUCUGCUCCUCAGCUCCUAGCUCAGCUCACUGGGAGGACAGGGCUAUGCCGGGAGUGCCACAAUCUAAAGUACAUAUCACCUGCACCUGGCGGGUAGACACACACCUGGCCCAUGUCUGGCAAACACACACAGUAACGCUUGGUGACGCUUGGUGACGUCUGACUGUGACGUCUGUAAAGGGGAAAUCCAACAGGAUCAGCUUGGUGUGAUACGAGCAUCUUGGGCUUGGCAUCAGCAGUUUCCUCGUUGGAACUGUGCCCAAAGCACAUGGAACAAUGUCACUACAGAUAGACUGUAUAGUAUACUGUUGGGUCUAGGCUACACUGCACUAAUAUCUUAAAGGAACCUCAGCCUCAUCUUAGCUCAGCCUUCUCCUGGCUCCCCUCCUUUUGCCCUCCUCUCCUCCACUGCUGGCUUUCUGCCCAGGAGGAAAGCCUUCUCUCCAGGGUCAGACCACAUCCAUGUGGCCUCUCUUCUUCUCUCCUCUCCAUCCUGCUCACAACCAAAGCAAAAAUAUGCCUCUCUUUGUGUCUCUGUUCGAAUAAAGAGAGGAACCACCAUCAUCCUGUGAUCCAUCCAUUAGUUAGGAUGAGAAUCCCGUCGUUCCAUGAGCGACUGUGUGUAUGUGUGUGUCCCCUAUCACACACUCAGUUGAAGGCAUCCAUGCAGUGUACAUGGGGUGGUUGGGAGGUGGAUGGUGUGGAGGGGGGUAUUACUGAGGACGGUACUGUUGAUGGGGGUACUGUUGAACAUGAGUCACGUUUCUCGUGACUCAUGCUCUUAAAGGAAAAAUCCACUCAAAAACUAUAUUUGGGGCCUGGUGUUUUUUAGUGACCUCUUUGUUGAUAACACAUUUGUCUCAUUUGAAACUCUGAGGGUUGACCAUAAUAUUCCCAAUACCCACUUUGUUUAGGUAUUUCCAAACUCUCAGCUUUGCUAAAAAACAUUUCCCUUCAUUUCCGCUCCUGCCUGCAAAUUGUCCAGUUGAGAGGUGCUUAAACCUUAACCCCUAUCUGAAGGGCACAAUCUCCAGGUUGUAUGACAUGAUACAGAACAUUAACCUGCCUUCCUGGGCAAAUACCAAGUCUGCAUGGGAACAAGACAUGGGUGGCCAGCUACCCGAUGACAUAUGGCAAUGUAGUAUAGAACGAUUCCACACCUCAUCAUUUUGCAUAAGGCACAGGCUCAUUCAGUUCAAAGUCUUACACCGUCUCCAUUACUCGAAUGACUGA